AUGGCACCAUCACAGAACAGCAAGAGGCGCUCUAGCGACACCGCAAAGUCGGCCCCGAAAUGCCACUAUGCUGGCAACAACCCGCCGUCGCCCGGGGCGCGCGUGAACGUGGCCGUGAGGGUGCGCCCGCUGAACGAGCGCGAGUCAGAGACGUCCAGCAUCGUCUGCGUCUUUAGUGAAGAUAAGUACACUAAGGACGUCUUUGAGCGCACCACCAAAGAGAUGCUCACGGCGCUUCUUGACGGCUACAAUUCUUCCGUUUUCGUGUACGGUGCAACCGGAACUGGCAAGAUGUUCACCAAGCUGGGAUCCGAGGAUUGUCUCGGGGUAGUCUCCCUGACGGCAAGUGAGCUCUACCGGCGCGUGGAUAGGCUCCGCUCCAAGGGCCAGUCAUGCGACGUUGCAGUCGCCUACAUGGAAGUCUACAACGAGGUCGUACGCGACCUGCUGUGCCCCAAAGGACCUUCGUUGGUCGUGCGCGACGACCCAGCUAAGGGCAUUGCCAUCUCCAACCUUUCUAUUCACAAGGUGAAGGAGUCUGGGGCACUGUUCGAAUUCCUCCAGAAAGGCAACAGGAACAGGACACAGCAUGCCACCCAUGCCCACUCUGAGUCGUCGCGGUCUCAUACAAUAUUUCAGAUUUACAUCACGCAGACUGAGAACGUGACCAGCACGAGCAAGGGGAUUCGCGUCUCCAAGUUGAGCUUUGUCGACCUAGAUGGCUCGGAGCGUGUCGCUGCCGGGAACAAAGACAUCAAGGACCAGAUACGCGAAGGCACCAAAGUUCACCUGUCGCUUCUGACCCUGGGCAACUGCUUUGAUGCCCUCUCCAAGGGUGGGGCUCAGUGGGUUCCGUACCGGGACUCUAAGCUGACCCACAUCCUGAAAGACUCUCUGGGUGGCACUUGUCGCACCCUCUUGAUGGCUUUCGUGUCGCCAUCCAAGCUCAGCUACACCGACACCCACAACACUCUCAAGUAUGCUGAGCGCGCCAUGAAGAUCGAACUGCAGGCCCAGAAAAAGGAGUACAAGCGAAAGGUGGAAGGCCUUCAGCGCAAGCUCGACAAGGCAGAAAACGAGAAGUCCAAGCUCGAGAUCCAGGUGGUCGAGCUCAAAGAGAGUCUCGCGACGGCCAAGGAUGCCCUGCUUCGAGAUCAACAUACUGCCGCCGGCAGCAUCGUUCCAGCUUCGCAUAACGAUGCCCUGUCGACGACGUCCUUCCCCUCACCGAGCAUCGAGGCGAACGAGCGCAGCGACGACAGCAGGAUGGCCUACUUCCUCGACGCGGCCAGAAAGAUCUAUGCAGCACGAGCGAAGAUCAUUAGACAGAUCUGGGAAAACGAAAACAUCAUUCUCGCCAGCGUGGUGAAGGAUAACUGGAAGCAGCAGAUGGCGAAGAAUGUCAACUUACUCUAG